AUGUCGGAAUAUUGCGCAUAUAUUGUUGAGGAUGCAAAAGCUUUUACAGGCAUUAUGGCUUCAUUUAUGGAUGAACACAUAAGCUUAAAGCUUCCAGCAAGCUUAUUACGUUUUCCUAUAUGGGAUACGCCAAAUCCUUCUAAUGAUUCUGUUUACUUCAGCAUGAUAACGAAUGCGAUGCAACAGCGCCUGAACUCCUGGGAACGAUACUAUCGCCAGGAUUCUUGCAUCCGGAUCUACCUUCCGAUCACGCAUUGCAACGAAGUUCUUCAGUUAGGUAUCCGUGAAGCUGAUUCUGAACGGAAUAUUCUGCUACGCAUGCAACUUAAUGGAGACAUUGUUCUCGGGGCUCAACUUGCACUGUUGUAUUGCGAUAACUUGCUACCUGCUUGUGAACCUAUGUGUGGCAGUGGCCAUAGGGGCCUCAAGUGA